AGAUGGGCGGUGCGCGCUUAGAAGAGGACAAAUCCGCGGCCCGUCGCUGGCCUCUAUGUUCAGUCCGCAGUGGGAAGAACUACUACCUAAAGCUUUUCAAGGCUAAUAGGAUGUGAUCCUACCUCACGCGAGAGUGCACCGCAGAAGUUCCUGACCUUUCAAGACUUUUGCGUGGGAAGCGCGUAAGAGAUAAUUUUGCGCUAAUAUUGGCCCGAAAGUGUGUGAGGAAUGUCCGUGAGGCUAGCAAGAGCCUCUGUGGCAGUAAUCGUUUUCGCAGUGUGCGCCAGCGUGGCACAGAUCAAAACCAAAACCUCCAGUGUAAGCGAAGGAGAAGAAAAGGUGGACGAGAAGACAGAUGGCAUAUGGCCUCUCAAGUUCACGCUGAAGUCUAUUUCGCUGAUCAAAGACAUGCGCUGCUACAGAGGUGUGGGCUGUUUCCGCAAGGAUGACAAGUACCGGCUGACUCAUCCGCUUUCGCUCCCCAGGCGGCCCAGGUACGUGAGGACUAAGUUCUACAUCUACUCUCGUAACAACACGGGCGGCCGGAGAUUGCGAACGAGAUUUCUGCGGCGAGACGGGAAGCCAUUUUUCCAAGAACUUAAGGAUCUCAUCAUCGUCGCACAUGGCUACACACAAAAUGUCAACAGCAGCUGGCUUCACGAACUCAAGGAGGCUCUGUUGCAGGAGAAAGACUGCAACGUGGUGAUCGUAGACUGGGGUCGUGGCUGCCGGUCGCCCUUGUACCUGACAGCUGUGGGCAACACGGCCCUGGUGGGCCGGCAGAUAUCCCUGCUCGUGCAGAAGCUGUCUCGGAAAUUUGACGGAAACGUGACGGCCGCCAAUGUGCACCUUAUCGGCUUCAGCCUUGGCGCCCAAGUGUGCGGCUUCGCGGGUCGCCACUACAAGAAACAGACUGGGACAAAACUAGCAAGAAUUUCGGCACUGGAUGCGGCGCGACCGCUGUUCGAGCAGUCCGAGGUGUAUGUGUCUCGCACGGAUGCCGUCUUUGUAGACGCCAUCCACACGAGCUCAGGCUGGACGGUGCUGCAAAAGUCGCUCGGCAUGGGCAGGCCCUACGGACACGUCGACUUCUACCCAAACGGCGGAAGAGAUCAGCCCGGAUGUGGAGGCCUUUUCGAGAUUGACUGCGACCAUGGUCGAGCCCCGCUCUAUUACAUCGAGUCGCUCACGUAUCGCCGCCAGUGCCGCUUCGUGACAUAUAAGUGCAAGGGCGGAAUAGAUGCCUUCCGCAACGGCCUUUGUGCUCCUGGUCAACCCAGUGGCGAGAUGGGUUACUACAGCAACCUGGCGCCCGGAAGGGGCCUCCAGUUCCUCAAGACCAACGAGCACUCACCAUUUUGCCUGCCAAUGAAUAUGUGAUAACCUGCCGAACGAGAACACGCGGAAAGAAUAAACAGACUAUCCUCUUCGCUGGGUAGACUGCGCUGCUGAA